AUGGCAACCGGCACCACAUCCAACGAUGUCAAGACCAAUCGCGAAGCAAAGCAGCUGACUGCAUCGUCUCGGCUCAGGGUUAAUGCCUUCUCGCCCAGCAUCAAGCAGGGGGACGAUUCCUUCCAGGAUACCGAUCAUCUUCAUCGAAAGCAGCAGACGGAAUCGUUUCGAGCUCAGGAGAUGGGGAGAACAGCUCACACCAUGCCUACUCGUUCUGAAUCUGGCAUGAGCAAGGUCGGAUGGACGGUCGUAGGAGGUCUGGCGGUGUUGGGCCUCUUCUUGCUGCUUUCAAGUGGCGCAAACCGCUACGACUAUACGUCAUCGCCGUCCUACCUGUCUACGUCGGCCUCGGCGUACAAGACAGCAACAACGUCGAUGGACGAGGUAAUGGCAAGAUGCGCUCGCUCUGGCACCCAUCAUAUCGCAUGCAAGGUCGAACAUGCUGCCGAGCUUGCUUCGCAGCUCGUCUCGCGACAAUCGCGCACACCUCAACAGGCGGUGCUGGCGUACAAGCGCCGGUAUGCGCGUGCUCCUCCGCGCCGCUUCGAGGCGUGGGUGAAGCUUGCAAUUCAACACAACGCCACCAUCAUCGACGACUACGACCAGAUUGAGGUCGAUCUCGGUGCUUUCCGUCAAGCUGGUUUGGUCGGCGACAAACUCAAGCGCAGAAUGCUCGAGGCGAAAUUGCGGCUGCCCGGAUGGGAACUGGGCCAAGUCAGUGUGGUCGAUGGGCAGGCCGUCGUGCUUGGUCCAGAUGCCGGCCCUCUCUCAGCGUCAACGCUUAUCGAGCUGCUCAAGCCCGUACAAAGCAUCGUUCCAGAUGUCUCAGUCCUUUUCAACUGGUAUGCCGAGCCAAGAGUACCGCAUCCCUCGGCACAGCCAGCGUCGCAGCCUUUUGACUCCCUGGAUGUUUCGGGAAAAGACCCCACCUCGGUGCUCGGCAAGGCGUGUCCUUCGUAUCACUUGACGCCAAAAAGAUCCUGGGACUCUCUGCAGCCACCAAUCGACUAUUGCCAGGAGGAUCGCGACGAGUUGGGGGAUCUGCACGGCUUCUUGCAAGCUCCAGCCAACUUUCACCCGGUCAACAAGCUCGUGCCGAUGCUGUCGAGAUCCAAGCUGUCCAACUUUGCCGACAUCUUGGCGCCCAAUGUCUGCUAUGGCCAUCCGAUGUAUCUAGGUUACGUCGACAAGAUCCCGUGGGAAGCCAAGGACGACAGCUUGUAUUGGCGAGGUACCACGACUGGUGAAGCGCAGACUUCAGCCACCUGGGCGCGUGGCCAUCGACAUCGCAUGCUGCGGUACGUAAAGCAGCUUCGCGAAGCAGCCAGCAAAUUGGCCACAGGCGUCGAAGCAGACCCGUUCGACGACAUCUACGCAUCCAACAGGACCGUCGCGCCAUCGCGUCAGUCGGUCCACGUCGCUGGAAACACACUGCCACUUUUCGACUAUACGGAUGGCUCGGUGGUGGGUGCGCUCAAGCGACUGGGCUCUGAAACGUUUAACGUGGCCUGGAACAGGUUUGUGCUGGCAGACGAACCCACAAUGGCAUCACUCAUGGCCAACCAAGUCACCACGGACAACGAAGACCGCAACGAGCCGUACAAGCACAAGUUUGCGCUCGAUCUGGAUGGUCAGUCCAUGUCGUGUCGCUUCUACCAGCUGCUUGCCUCGAGCUCGCUCGUCUUCAAGCAGACCAUUUGGUCCGAAUAUCACGACGAUCGUUUGAUACCCUGGAUCCACUACGUGCCCUUGGAUCUGCGCGUCCAGAACAACGAGCUGCCCAUGCUGCUCGACUUCUUCAUCCAUCAUCCCCAAGGACAAAAGGCAGCUAGCAAGAUUGCGUCAGCGUCCAGAGAAUGGGCGGCGGCCACUCUUCGCCCGAUCGAUGUCUCGCUCUACUACGCCAGACUCUUGAUCGAGUUUGCUGAGCUCUAUAACCCUGUCUACUGA